AUGUCUUCAACGAUAGAGAUCAGCCUGCAGGACAAUCCGUCCACGUCGACCACGCAGACGGAAGGCGCCCGCUACCGCCCUCAAAGAAGCCAAAUUUCCUCGUCAGAAGAUGCCCUCCUCGCAUCCGAGCAGGUCGAUUCGACUGUGCCGGAUGGCGGCUACGGCUGGGUCAUUGUCGCGAGCGGCGCCGCGAUCUUAUGGUGGUCCGUCGGCACGACGUACGCUUGGGGCGUGAUCCAAGAAGCCCUCGUCGAAGAGGGCCUUUCUGGCCCAGCCGUGCUGUCCUUUGUGGGCUCGCUGGGUGCCGCGCUCGUUUCGGUCUUUGCGAUAUUCAAUGCUUGGCUGGUGCGAUUUGUGGGCGUCCGGGCGAUUGGCAUGGCCGGCAUUGGCUUCAUGGGCGGCAGCGAGAUCCUGAGCAGCUUCGCCACGAAGAAUGUCGGGGCUUUGUUCUUUACGUCCGGCUUCCUGUACGGUGUCGGUGCGAGCCUCUGCUUUGUUGUGAUUAGUCGGAUCCCCGCGCAGUACUUCAAGGCGAAACGAGGACUGGCAAAUGGUCUCAUCUUCGCGGGCAGCGGCUUUGGCGGGGCAGCCAUCAGCUUCAGCGUCGACCGUCUCAUUCAGAACGUCGGGCUCCCCUGGACAUUUCGCAUCCUGGGCUUCGCCACUCUGGUAACAGGCUUGCCCGCUGCAUGGUUCAUGAAGGAUCGCGUCGCGGUGCCAUGGCCUGGUUUCGUGGAAUGGCGGCUGUUCAAGUCUGCGACGUUUAACCUCAUCUUCUUCGCAUCAGCCAUCGGGACGUUUCCGUUAUACGUGCCUCCAUUCUUCAUCCCGCUGUACACAAAGGCAUCGGGUCUGUCCUCCAGUACGGGCGCGGGACUGGUCGCGGGCUUCACCCUCGCGUCUGCCGUCGGUCGCAUCAUAUGCGGUUUGGCUUGCGACCGGAUCGGUGCCGUCAACACGCUCAUUGCCUCGCUCAUCUUGACAGGCGUCAGCAUGCUUGCGAUUUGGCCAGCGUCGCACACGCUCGGACCGCUCGUCGUCUUCGUCCUCGUCAGCGGCGCAGCGAGCGGGGGCUUCUUCUCGACGAUGCCGACCGUGGUGAGCAACGUCUUUGGCAGCGCCAGGGUAUCGAUUGCCAUGAGCAUGACAAUUACAGGCUGGGUUGGCGGAUACCUCAUGGGCGCUCCGAUUGCUGGCUAUCUGCUGCAAGCGUACGGUGGAGCGGACGGCGGCUUGAAGGCGUAUCGGCCAGCAAUGUUUUAUGCUGGUGCGCUGUCGCUCCUGUCUGCAGCAAUGGUCAUUGUGGCCCGAUGGAGGUUGAGCAAGUCUCCGCUGGCUAGAGUUUGA